CGUCGUUGAACAGCGUCAUUCGUCUUGUGUGUGAUUAGGAGUGGGCUGGAAGGAACGGUGCUCCCUUGCGGUCGAAGAUGGAUGACCAGAAUAAUAGGCCUCAUCACAAAGGCAAGGAAAAAAAGAAAUACCAAGGCCAAAAUCCCAAGGCUUUUGCUUUCUCAAAUCCUGGAAAGGGAAAAAGACAAGCUGCGAGGUCUCACGAGCUCAAAGAAAAACGUCUCCAUGUGCCUCUCGUUGAUCGUCUCCCGGAGGAGGCUCCGCCGAUUGUGGUUACAGUCGUCGGGCCACCUGGAGUAGGCAAAACAACACUAAUCAAGUCUUUGAUUAAGCGAUAUUCGAAACAAACAUUGAGUUCGCCAACAGGUCCUCUAACAGUCGUUACGUCCAAGCGCAGACGCCUCACAUUUUUGGAAUGUCCCUCAGAUUCCCUAGCCAGCAUGGUCGAUGUCGCCAAGAUUUCAGACAUCGUUCUGUUGAUGAUUGAUGGUAAUUAUGGCUUUGAGAUGGAGACUAUGGAGUUUCUCAACGUGCUGGCUGCUAGUGGAAUGCCUGGAAACGUCUUUGGGAUUUUGACCCAUCUCGAUCUCUUCAAGAAACAGAGCACAUUACGAGCAGCAAAGAAGCGAUUAAAACAUCGUUUCUGGAGUGAACUCUACCAGGGUGCAAAGCUAUUUUAUCUGUCUGGGGUCUUGAAUGGGCGGUAUCCGGAUCGUGAAAUACACAAUCUAUCGCGCUUUCUUUCUGUCAUGAAAAAUCCGCGUCCACUAAUCUGGCGCAAUUCACACCCUUACACUCUCGCCGAUCGGUUCUUAGAUAUCACACCGCCUACUGAAAUUGAGGAGAAUGAGAAAUGUGAUCGCACAAUAGCGCUUUAUGGUUAUUUACGCGGUACAAAUUUUCCUGCUCAGGGUGCCCGUGUCCAUGUUCCUGGUGUUGGAGAUCUUACAGUAUCUGCCAUCGAGGCUCUACCCGACCCAUGUCCUACACCUUUCAUGGAUCAGCAAAUAGCCAAAGCAUCGGGAAAGGGGUCAAGAAGAAGGCUGGGCGAAAAACAGAAGCUUCUGUUUGCCCCCAUGUCGGAUGUCGGUGGUGUCUUGGUUGACAAGGAUGCCGUGUAUAUAAACGUGAAAUCAGCCACCUUCGACAGGGAUGAAGAUGAGGAUGAUGAAGACAGAGGCCUAGGUGAAAAGCUCGUCAUAGGUCUACAAGGCGAGCGAAAACUACUGGGAGAGGCUAAUACAGGUUUCCGGCUGUUUCAAGGAGGAGAAGCUAUCGCGAGAGAUGGCGAUGAGGUCGGUACUGGCCGAAAGCAUAAACGGUCAAUUCGCGCUCUAGAUAACGGAGGGCAUGUGUCGGAUGAAGAAGAGGAGGACGAUGAAGGGUUCGAAAGCGGAGACGACGAGGGUCUAGACAAUGAAGCAGAAGAUUCUGGCGAAGAUUUAUCUGACGAUGGUGCCGAUGACGAAGUUCAAACUCCGGCAGACUUCACAGCAAGCUUUCGUGAGAAACAGAACGGACAGUCAAAGAAUGAGGGUGAUCUUGUUUUCGCCGACAGUGAUUCAGACCUCGGCUCUAUCUCAUCCGUUGAAGACCAGGAGUUUGAAGACGGAUCAGAAGAAGAUGAGGCAGUGUCCGAUGAUGGUUAUAGUGAAGACGGUGAUGAUGAAGGAGCCUUGCGCUGGAAAGAGAAUAUGCUUGAAAAUGCGAAAUCUCUUCAUGGAAAACAACCUGCUUACCGUGUCACUGACCUAAGUCGCAUGCUGUAUGAUGAAUCCAUCACGCCCUUUCAAGUGAUUACACGAUGGAAGGGGGAGGACCAAGACGAGGAUAAGGAUGGCGUGGAUGGUGAGGAAGAAGAGGAUUUUUUCAAAAAGGCCGAUGUCGAAGGUGAAGAAGAAUGGGAGGACCGAGCAAUACCCAAUUUCAAUUAUGAAGAUUUAGAAAGGAAAUGGUCAGGUGAAGACGCUGUAGAAGCCUUACGGCAUCGCUUCGUAUCUGCCAAGCUGUCGGGAAAUGCAGAUAGUGGCGACGACGAUGACGAUGAAGCGGAUGCCUCGGAUGAAGGAGAUGGCGCAUUUGAGGAUUUGGAAACUGGUGAGGUGUUUAAUGGCUUUGACGACAAAUCAGGACGCAAAGCAGAUGAAAGUGAAUCGGGAGAAGAUGAAGAGGAGGCUGAGGGCUCAGUUGACCUUGAAGCUGAACGAGAACGCAACGCCAAGAAGAAAGAAGAGCUACGGUUACGGUUUGAAGAAGAAGACCGUGAAGGUUUCGCCAACGCAAAAAAUGGUGAUCGGGGCGAAGGCGGCAACGAACAGGAGUUUGGCGAAGAUGACUGGUAUGACGCUCAAAAGGCAAAGUUACAGAAGCAACAGGAUAUCAAUCGUGCAGAAUUCGAGAGUCUUGACGCAGCAUCCCGCGCUCGAGCAGAAGGGUUCAGGGCUGGUACCUAUGCACGUAUAGUUCUCGAAAAAGUUCCAUGCGAGUUUUCUACCAAGUUCAACCCUCGUUUCCCCGUCAUUGUCGGUGGUCUGGCGCCCACGGAAGAGCGGUUUGGCUAUGUGCAGGUGCGCAUCAAACGGCACAGAUGGCACAAGAAGAUUCUAAAAAGCGGUGACCCUCUCAUCUUCUCCCUUGGUUGGCGUCGUUUCCAGUCUCUUCCUAUAUACAGCAUUUCCGACUCGCGUACCCGCAAUCGCAUGCUGAAAUAUACUCCAGAACAUAUGCACUGCUUUGGGACAUUCUAUGGGCCGCUGGUAGCUCCCAACACUGGUUUCUGCUGCGUCCAGUCAUUUUCGAACAAACUCCCUGGUUUUCGAAUUGCAGCCACUGGUGUAGUCUUGAAUGUGGAUGAGAGCACGGAGAUUGUGAAGAAGCUUAAACUCACCGGUUACCCAUACAAGAUCUUCCGCAAUACUGCAUUUAUCCGCGAUAUGUUUACAACUGCGUUAGAGAUCGCCAAGUUCGAGGGAGCUUCUAUCCGCACGGUGUCUGGUAUUCGGGGCCAGGUUAAAAGAGCACUCAGCAAGCCUGAUGGCCAUUUCCGAGCCACGUUCGAAGACAAGAUCUUGAUGAGCGAUAUUGUCUUCUUGCGUGCUUGGUAUCCCAUCAAGCCUCAUCAAUUCUACAAUCCAGUUACCAACUUGUUAGAUCUGGAUGAAAGCGCCUCGGGUGAAACUGGAUGGCAGGGCAUGCGCCUCACUGGCGAGGUUCGCAAAGCUGAGGGAAUUGCAACUCCCCUUGACAAGAAUUCCCAAUACCGCACCAUUGACCGGCCAACACGUAAUUUCAAUCCUCUGCGGGUACCUCGUCAGCUGGCAAAGGACUUGCCCUACAAGUCACAAAUAACCCAGAUGCGGCCACGCAAAGAGCAGACGUACAUGCAGAAGCGAGCUGUUGUUCUAGGCGGCGAAGAGAAGAAGGCCCGCGAUUUGAUGCAGAAACUCAGUACCAUGAACAAUGAGAAACGGGCAAAACGCGCCGCAGCACAAGAAGACCGCAGGAAGGUUUACCGCGCCAAGGUAGCUGAGAAUCUGGAGAAGAAGGCCGAUCGGGAGAAGCGCGAGCAGAAAGAAUACUGGAGACAAGAAGGAAAGAAGAGGAAGCACAUCGAUGGUGAGAGCGGUGGUGGGAAAAAACGGAGGUGAACAGUUUUUUUUUUUUUUUAACAUAUCUGUCUUUGGCUUGUACAAAGUUAUGCAUUGCUGGCGUCGGAUUUGUGGAUCGGUCUAGAUCGUGGUGACACAUAUACAAAAGUUAGCAGUAUACCACAUAUAGUGAUAGUAUCGAUUAUUAUUCCA